AUGCCAAGAAUCAAAAAUCAAGUAGAAAAGGAGGAACAGUUAAUAGAAGAACCAAAACACGAGAGAGAUAAUGAGUAUAAAGAUGAACAAGGGGUAGAGCCACAGGAAGAGGAGCAGGAUGAUGAUAAUGAUGAUGAUGAUGAACAACUCGCCGAAGAAGAUUCUGAAAUCGCCCCAGCACGCAAAAGAGGUAGAAAACGGAAAAUCACAACCGUUGUUGAAGAUGAAGAUAACAAUACCACAAAAAUUAGAAAGAAAGUUAAAAGUGAAGAUGAUGAAGGUCAAGCAGCAAAUGAAAAUGAAGAAGAAGAUGACGACGACGACGAAGAAGAAGAAGAAGCUGAUGAAGAAGAUGACGAUGACGGAGAAACUGAGGGGGACGGGAAGAAAAAAAGAGGUAGAAAGAAGAAACCCAAAGUACAACUUUAUGGGGAUGAUGUAUUUGAUGAUGAGGGAAACCCCUUAAUAAUAGAAAAUGAUGAAGUUGUCAUUCCACAAGAAGAUCCAAAGGGGAAAGAAAAGAUUGAUGAAUUGGGUUAUCUUCAAGGGGACAGAAAAUUUCGAAUGAAAACAUUUAAAUUGUUAGGCAAAGGUGAUAGAUUAUACAUGAUAUCUACUGAGCCUGCCAGAUUGGUUGGAUUCCGUGAUUCGUAUUUGUUAUUUAAAACUCACCGUACCUUGUUUAAAAAAGUAGCCGAUAAUGAUGAGAAAAUGGAUCUUAUCCAACGAGGGAUCAUCCCAAACUCAUAUAAAGGAAGAGCUGUCAAUUUAGUAACAGCAAGAUCCAUAUUUAGAGAAUUUGGUUCGAGAAUGAUUGAGAAUGGCAAAAAGGUGAUUGAUGAUUUCUGGGAACAACGGGCAAUUGACAAUGGUGAUAUACCUGGUGAAUUGGCAGAUCCUGAUCAAUUGUACAAGACUAAAUUGUCCAAUGUUUUAGGUGAUUCUGGCAUAGUCAGUACUGGUCAUGCGACUCCGUUAACUGCGACUCCAAUUGUCAAUUAUCAAGGAGAUCCUACUUGGAUGUAUCAAAUUGCCAAACAAACAUCUGAAUACAAUAAGAAAUUAUAUGAACUCAGAACUAAUAAUAUGUAUAAAGGCUAUAAAGAUACUUACACGAAUUUGACUUUAUAUCCACAAUCAACACAACCAACCCAGAUAAAGUAUCUGAAAUUUAACAACAAUAAUGGGAAAUUGGUGUACGACAUUGUCAUGACAAAUAAAAAUAUAAGGAAGCCAAUUACUAGAUUGGCAAAAGUGCCGCAAGCUAUAUUGAAUGAGAUAGAUGAUCCAGAGAUAAAACAAGCAAUAAUCGAUCAACAAGAAUAUGAAAUUAGUGCUAGAGAAAUAUAA